ACUCAGUAUAAGAAAACGAUAAAUUCUACAGUUUUAAUUGUUAUUUUGAUUUUCAUAACUACUACUAGUGCCGCCAACGUCGCUAUCAACCGUCGAAUAAAAAUGGUAUUUCUUUUACCUCGAGAAUCAGAGCAUUAUGCCGUUCGGACGAUUCGUGCAGACGGGCCGUGUGUGCCUGGUUAACGAUGGUGUCAAUAAAGGAAAAUUGGUCACAAUUGUUGACGUUAUUGACCAAAACAGAGUUUUAGUCGAUGGACCUCAAUCAAAAAUCCCAAGAGGCCAGAUGAGAUUGAGUGAACUCCAUCUCACCAAAUUCCAACUCAAGUUCCCAUUCACUGGAUCGACGAAAGUUGUACGCAAGGCUUGGGAUGCUGCGGAGUUAGAAAAAAAGUGGAGUGAGACGGUCUGGGCUAAGAAAGCCGCAGCCAAAGCAAAGCGUUUGACACUCAGCGAUUUCGACCGUUUCAAGUUGCGAAAAGCUCGUCAAAUCCGCAACAAGCUCAGAUCCGACGCUUUCUUCAGGUUGAAGAAAGUAAGCAAGAAGACAAAGAAAGGAGCAGCAACUAAAGACUCUAAAAAAACAGAAAAGAAAUCCAAGAAGUAAUUUGAUAAAUACUUCAAAUAAAUCUUAUAAAACUUAA